ACUCCUGCUCGCCUUCUACCGCCCCUGUUUCUUGACUGCGAAGUCGCAUGCGCAUUUUGAACGUUCCACCUGCUCUCUCUCUAUCCCUCCCGUCUCUGUCUCCAUCUUUCGUCUUCUCCGGAGCAAAAAAAUCGUUUUUUUAUCAAAUCCGAAUACUUAGUCAACCCUUAUCGCUCUUUUCGGGCUCCUCUUCGCUGCUAAGGACCUCAGGUUUCUCGGCUUGAAGGGUCUACAAAAAGGAGAUCAUUUGCUUGGACAGCUUUACUUGCACUAAUUUUUCUAUCUAAAGCAUUCAUGUUGGUUCUUUCCAUUUCAAACCAGACCACAGAAUCCAAAUUCUGUGAGAAUCAAGCAAAGCCUUUAGCAUGCGAGUCAUUGCCAAAUGGAAUCAUAAGCAGAACAACAAAUUUGGAAAUGCAGCACCUGUGGAAAUUACCUCAUCCUCAAAAGAAUAAGAUAACUAAAGCUCCACCAAAGACUUUAUUGGCCAUGGCAAUUGGAAUAAAGCAAAAGAAAGUUGUGGAUAAAAUUGUCAGCAAGUUCUCUUCAGUUGAUUCCAAUGUGAUGCUUUUUCAUUAUGAUGGUUUUGUUAAUGAAUGGAGGGACUUUCUAUGGACUGAUAGGGCAUUACAUAUCUUUGCAGCAAACCAAAGAAAAUGGUGGUUUUCCAAGCGUUUCUUACACCCAGAUGUGGUUGCAGAGUAUGAUUAUAUCUUCAUUUGGGACGAGGAUGUCAAAGUGGAUUCUUUCAAUCCUAAACGUUACUUAUCAGUUGUUGUAAGAGAACAACUAGAAAUAUCCCAACCUAAGCUGGAUUCAAGUAAAUUUGAGGCCCAUCAUCGACCUAGCAUGCACGCGAGUUGGGUAAAAAUGAUGGCUCCUGUAUUUUCAAAGGCAGCCUGGCGUUGUGCUUGGCAUUUAAUUCAGAAUGAUUUAAUUCAAGCGUCGGAACUUGAUUAUUGUGCCCAGGGAGACAUAACAAAAAAAUUUGGUAUUGUGGAUAAGCAAUAUAUUGUUCAUAGAGGAAUCCCUACAUCUGGUGGUUCGGAUGAUUUCAAGGCUUCUCAAUGUUGAUAGAGCUCAUGUGAGAUUGUUAUCUCAUAUUGAAGUUCUAACCUUCCAAAAGGAGAUGGCAAAUAGUAGCAAGCAAUGAUAUUAGUUGGAAUGAUCAAUAAGCCAAUUCUACGAAAAAAGAAUAAUACACUAAUCGCUUUUGCCCUUUUAAUAGCUUGAUAUAAUGUAAGUUUUUUUCCUAUAGUCAAUGCCACACAAUUUCUAUAAAAGGAGUAAAGAGUUAACAUAGUUUUCUGACUAUUUAUGAUGGGUCAUUUUAAGCUUGAAUUAUAUAAAAAUACUAUA